CAGAAGCACUUCCGGUCAGUGGGCGCGGCCCGUUAGGCCGGUUGAUACUCGGGGAGGCUUCCCUCUUCACGUCUUCUGCACACCUCUGCACGUCGUUACUUGACCUUUGCCUUCAGGAUCCGCAGCGUGCACCUGCGUUCCGAAGAGCACUCAGGAGACCAGAAAAAUGGCCACAGAGCUCCUGAGAGCCAAAAAAGAGGCAUUUGCGGCAUUCAGGGAUGUGGCUGUGGACUUCACCCAGGAGGAGUGGAGGUUGUUGAGCCCUGCUCAGAGGACCCUGCACAGGGAGGUGAUGCUGGAAACCUAUAACCACCUGGUCUCACUGGAAAUUGCAUCUUCCAAACCAAAACUCAUUGCUCAGCUGGAGCGAGGGGAAGAGCCCUGGAGAGAGAAGAGAAAAUGUUCUCUGGACCUCCGUCCUGCAGGAUCAAAGCCGGAAAUUCAACUUUGUCCCUCCUGCCCUCUGAUGUUCUCCGGUCAGCAAGCUCUCAGCCAGCACGUGUGGCUGAGUCAUCUCCCUCAGCUGUCUUCAAGUUCAUGUGCAGGAAAUCCUCUCCAGCAGGGAAAACACUGUCCAGAUCAGAAACAGCAGCAAGAUCUGUUCUGCUUGAGUGGCAAAGCAGAAUGGAUUCGAGGGAGAGAAGACUCCGAAGUCCAGUUUGGGAGAGUAAGCAAAAGUGGCACUUCAAAGGCACUCUCCAGCCCACCUGAAGAACAGCCAGCAUGGUCCAAGGAAGAUGACACAGUGCUGGAUAUAGGGCCCAGCCCUGAACAGAAGGCCAACCUUGAGGAAACAGACAAAGGAUUACAUGGCUUAGAAGUUUCAGGAUUUGGAGAAAUCAACUAUGAAGAGUUUGGGCCAGGCUUUAUCAAGGAGUCAAACCUCCUUAGCUUCCGGAAAACACAAACAGGGGAGACAGCUUACAUGUACACUGAGUGGGGACAGAGCUUUGGUAGUAUGUCAGUCCUCAUCGGAAACCCAAGGACACACUCUGGGGGAAAGCCUCAUGUGUGUGGGGAAUGUGGGCAAGGCUUUACCUGGAAGUCAAACCUGAUCACACAUCAGAGGACACACUCAGGGGAGAAACCUUAUGUGUGCAAGGACUGUGGACGAGGCUUUUCUUGGAAGUCGAACCUCUUCACACAUCAGCGGACACACUCAGGGCUCAAGCCUUAUGUGUGCAAGGAAUGUGGCCAGAGCUUUAGCCUGAAGUCAAACCUCAUCACCCACCAGAGAGCGCACACUGGGGAGAAGCCUUAUGUUUGCAGGGAAUGUGGGCGUCGCUUUCGCCAGCAUUCACACCUCAUCAGACACAGGAGGACGCAUUCGGGAGAGAAGCCUUACAUUUGCAGGGACUGUGAGCAAGGCUUUAGCCAGAAGUCACACCUCAUCAGACACUUAAGGACAUACACAGGAGAGAAGCCUUAUGUAUGCACAGAAUGUGGGCGUCAAUUUAGCUGGAAAUCAAACCUUAAAACACACCAGAGGACCCACUCAGGGGUUAAACCUUAUGUCUGUCUGGAGUGUGGGCAAUGCUUUAGCCUGAAGUCAAACCUUAACAAACACCAGAGGUCACACACAGGGGAGAAGCCAUUUGUAUGUAUGGAGUGUGGGCGAGGCUUUACGCGGAAGUCAACCCUCAUCACACACCAGAGGACACACUCAGGGGAGAAGCCAUUUGUAUGCAAGGAGUGUGGACGAGGCUUUAAUGAUAAAUCCACCCUCAUCUCACACCAGCGGACACAUUCAGGGGAAAAGCCUUUUAUGUGCAGGGAGUGUGGUAGAAGGUUUCGGCAGAAGCCUAACCUAUUCAGGCACAAGAGGGCACACUCAGGUGCCUUUCUGUGCAGGGAGUGUGGGCAAGCCUUUUGUGAUAAGUUAACUCUCAUUAAACACCAUAGAGAACACUCAGGGGGGAAGCCUCAUGUGUGCAGGGAGUGUGGGCAAGGCUUUAGCAGGCAGUCACACCUCAUUAGACACCAGCGGACACAUUCAGGAGAGAGGCCUUAUAUUUGCAGAAAGUGUGGGCGGGGCUUUAGUUGGAAGUCAAACCUAAUCAGACAUCAGAGGACACAUUCAGGAUAGAAACUUUAUGUGUACAGGAAUAUGGUAAAGCCUUUAGCCAGGAGUCAUACUUCAUCAGAGACCAGAGGACACACAGCACUGUGGCUUUGUCAGUCAUUGCUGGGAUUGCAGGCGUGCACCACCAUGCCUCACUAAUUUUUGUAUUUUUAGUAGAGACGGGGUUUCACCAUAUUGGCCAGGCUG